CUGGGCGUGUCCCGCAGCCGCACGGCAUGCUGGGAAGGCGUCCGCGCGGCGGCCAUUUUGUCUUGUCGGCUCCUGUACAGAGGAGGCUUUUCGGCCUGAGAGCGGGCGGAGGAGAUUGGCGACGGUGUCGCCAGUGUUUUCGCUGGCUGGUGCCUGGGCUGGUGGGAGCAGCCGCCCGAAGGAAGCACCAUGAUUUCGGCCGCGCAGUUGUUGGAUGAGUUAAUGGGCCGGGACCGAAACCUCGCCCCGGACGAGAAGCGCAGCAACGUGCGGUGGGACCACGAGAGCGUUUGUAAAUAUUAUCUCUGUGGUUUUUGCCCCGCGGAAUUGUUUACAAAUACACGUUCUGAUCUCGGUCCAUGUGAAAAAAUUCAUGAUGAAAAUCUACGAAAACAGUAUGAGAAGAGCUCUCGUUUUAUGAAAGUUGGCUAUGAGAGAGACUUUUUGCGGUACUUACAAAGUUUACUUGCAGAAGUAGAACGUAGGAUCAGACGAGGCCAUGCUCGUUUGGCAUUAUCUCAAAACCAGCAGUCUUCUGGGGCUGCUGGCCCAACAGGCAAAAAUGAAGAAAAAAUUCAGGUUCUAACAGAUAAAAUUGAUGUACUUCUGCAACAGAUUGAAGAAUUAGGGUCUGAAGGAAAAGUAGAAGAAGCCCAGGGGAUGAUGAAAUUAGUUGAACAAUUAAAAGAAGAGAGAGAACUGCUUAGGUCCACAACCUCGACAAUUGAAAGUUUUGCUGCACAAGAAAAACAAAUGGAAGUUUGUGAAGUGUGUGGAGCCUUUUUGAUAGUAGGAGAUGCCCAGUCCCGGGUAGAUGACCAUUUGAUGGGCAAACAACACAUGGGCUAUGCCAAAAUUAAAGCUACUGUAGAAGAGUUAAAAGAAAAAUUAAGGAAAAGAACCGAAGAACCUGAUCGGGAUGAACGUCUAAAAAAGGAAAAGCAAGAAAGAGAAGAAAGAGAAAAAGAACGAGAGAGAGAAAGGGAAGAAAGAGAAAGGAAAAGACGAAGGGAAGAAGAAGAAAGAGAAAAAGAAAGGGCUCGUGACAGAGAAAGAAGAAAGAGAAGUCGUUCACGAAGUAGGCACUCAAGCCGAACUUCAGACCGAAGAUGCAGCAGGUCUCGGGACCACAAAAGGUCACGAAGUAGAGAAAGAAGGCGAAGCAGAAGUAGAGAUCGGCGACGAAGCAGAAGCCAUGAUCGAUCAGAAAGAAAACAUAGAUCUCGAAGUCGGGAUCGAAGAAGAUCAAAAAGCCGGGAUCGAAAGUCAUAUAAGCACAGGAGCAAAAGUCGGGACAGAGAACAAGAGAGAAAAUCCAAGGAGAAAGAAAAGAGGGGAUCUGAUGAUAAAAAAAGUAGUGUGAAGUCCUGUAGUCGAGAAAAACAGAGUGAAGACACAAACACUGAAUCGAAGGAAAGUGAUACUAAGAAUGAGGUCAAUGGGACCAGUGAAGACAUUAAAUCUGAAGUGCAGCGUAAGUAUGCACAGAUGAAGAUGGAACUAAGCCGAGUAAGAAGACAUACAAAAGCAUCUUCUGAAGGAAAAGACAGUGUAGUCCUGCAAAACAUUUUGAGGUACAUUGUUUUGUCUCAGCUAUUUUGUAGCAGACUCGUGUCCCCAUUAGUGUGCCUCUUUGGAAAUUAUUGCCCACAUUUGUAAUAUAGUCGCCAUUGAAAAGUUAAUUAUCCUUUUUUUAGGGAUUUUGCUGUCAUUUCUUUUUUUUUUUUUAUAUAAAAAGGUUGAACUGUUUUUUUUUUUUUUUUCUUUUUGGUAUUAAGUCCAUCUUGUGUUGGUACAUUGGCAGAGACAUAUGCUUUAAAAACUUAAAUAUUUCAGAGGCACAUGUUGGACUACUUUGUUUUAAUUAAACUGCUAGUAUUUCUUUGUCAAGGAUGUUUCUAGUUUUUUGCUUUAUUGCCUUGCAUUCUAAUGCAGUUUGUUCUGUAACUCGAGAGCCAGUAGCAUUGGAUUGAUGGAAGUGUAGGGUUUAUGAAUUAUUGCAGCUGACUACCAUACCUCACACAGCGUUGGUGUUGUGAGCGGCCCAUGAAAAGCCAAAUUAAAAAUCAAGGAUUCAGUCAAACUAAGCAGGUACUCAUGCCAGGUACUCCUUUCUCUACCCACAUCCAUGUUUGAAUGCUCUUGCCUGUGAUCUUUACGCUUAACUGUUGUGUAUCUUUUUGUUCUUUACAAGAAGUGCAGGGGGUUUUUUGUGUAUUGCGUGGAAACUGAUAAAACAAAUGUUAACAGAAUGGAAUUUUUUUUCAACUGUGUGUAGGGCUGCAGUGGUGGCCAGAAUUAGAUAUCUUUAAAGAAUUUUAAAUACAAUAAACACUUCAUAUUAUUCGCCUUGUUACACUCAAUGCAAUUCUCGAGUCUAUAAGAGGUAUGUGCUUAAUAUUUCCUACUGUGUAGGAGAAUUUGCAGUCAGCCGUAGGUAGCAGGAAUAGUCACUCACUGGCUGAUACAUUUAAAGCAGCAGUGUGAAUAUUAAGGACAGACACCUUCAAUUUGUGAAAUCAAAGAACUGGUGCACUAUGUAGAAUGAAUUUGGGUUUUUAAAGAACUGUUAAAAGUUAGGUACUGUAAGUGUUCUCAAAACCUAUAAACUUCAUUCUGUGGGCUAGUGGCGUGGGACAGAAUAUUACUAAUGAAAGGAAGUACCAAUUAGUUGAUUUGUUGAUGGCAUUCCCCUUUUGGGAAAGCAAUAUAAGGGUAUGUCUGUGUGAGUCAUUGACACGUAGGCAGGCAUACACAGGCACAUGGCUUUAAGAACCACACUGAUGCCUUGAUAAUUAAAAAGAUUGCAAGCAUUCCAUGUACACAUGUUAAUUAGCAGUUAGUGACUGGGCCAACACUUUCUCAUAAAAAUUGGCUUUUUACAUGUUGUCUAAUUAUCAUUUUUCCCCAAAUUUUGCAUUGUAGGACUACUGUUCGAAGAUUUUUGGAAGAAUACUGGGAACGACAUAAAGUGAAGAUCGACAUUUAAAAAAUGAGGUGAAAGAAAGCUAUAGUGGCAUAGAAAAAGUAUAAAGCUCAGUUAGUUUUUUUAUUAUUAUUAUUAAAAGUUAAUUCAGGACUGAUGUGACAUAACAGAUUUCAGAACAUGUGUUAAUAGUAUAUAUGCCACUGAAAACUUAGGUCCUGUAUCAUAUUUUUUUCUUUAAGACUUUUUAAGAAAUAUUACUUAAACAUGUGGCUUGCUCAGUGUUUAAUUGCAAGUUUUCAUUCUUGGACUUUGAAAACAGGAUUAAACGUUAGUAUUCGUGUGAAUCAGACUAAGUGGGAUUUCAUUUUUACAACUCUGCUAUACUUAGCCUUUGGAUUUAGAAGUAAAAAUAAAGUAUCUCUGACUUUCUGUUACAAAGUUGAUUGUCUCUGUCAUUGAAAAGCUUUAGUAUUAAUCUUUUUCUAAUAAAGUUAUUGACUCUGAA